AUAAAGGUCGGGCCGGUUGUUUACAAUGAAGGGCACAGCCGCGCCACGAAUGGCGUGAAUGGCUUACUAGGCUUUUACUUCAGUGCCGCUAGCUCUUGACAAGCUAAGAGUAAAAAUGCGAACUUUGCUCAUCGAUAACUAUGAUUCUUACACAUAUAACCUAUUCCAAGUGAUUGCCGAAGUGAAUGGAGAGAUACCUCUGGUAUACAACAAUGAUGAGAUUACUUUGGAGCAAAUUCAGGCGAUGGUCCAUGCGGGCACGGUGCACAGCAUCGUAAUCUCGCCUGGACCUGGCACGCCCAACAACCCUCAGGACAUAGGCGUGUGCCUGGACGUGCUGCACCACCUGCCCGAUGUGCCCAUCCUGGGCAUCUGCCUGGGGCACCAGGCGCUGGCACUGGCGCACGGCGCGGCUGUGGUGGCGGCGCCGGAGCCGGUGCACGGCCGCGUCAGCCGCUUGCGCCAUAGCGGCCACGGCUUGUUCGCGGACAUCCCCAGCGGACCUGGGUUCGAGGUGGUGCGCUACCACUCGCUGCUGGUGGAUGAGGCCACGCUGCCGCAUUGCCUGCAGCCGGUGUGCUGGACCGACGGCGCGCACGUGGCCGUCAAGCUGGCUCGUGACACGACUGGAGCGACGGGGGCAGCGUGCAGCAAUGGCGCUGGGGAGGAGGCUGGGACGGAAGGAGCAGCGAUGGAGCCAGAGGCAGAGCGGCCGAAGUCGGUUGGAGAGGCGCAGCCGGCGGCCAGCAGCUCAGGGCGGGGGCAGGAGGCGGCGCGGCUGGGCGGGUCGCUGUUGAUGGGGCUGGUGCACCGCAGCCGGCCGCACUACGGUGUGCAGUUCCACCCGGAGAGUGUGGCCACAAAGUACGGCAUCGCGCUGCUGCGCAACUUCCGGGAUCUAGCGGCAGCGCACCUGCGAUCGCGCGGCGGGCCGGCGGCGGCGCAGCUGCAGCCAGCCAGAGUGGUGUCGGACAUUGUGGGGCCGCCGGGGCGGCUGCCGGAGCUGCCGGUCUGGCCCUCACCGGAGCACCAGUGCGGCGCGCCGCUGCGGCUGGCUUGGGCGCGGCUGCCGGGGGUCCUGGAGGCGCUGGGCGGCAGUCAGGGGCUGUUCGAGCGGCUGUACGGCUGGGCGGAGGACACGUUUUGGCUAGACAGUGCCGCUGCUGACCGCGGGCGGUUCUCCUACAUGGGCGGCCGCGGCGGGCCGCUGUGGCGGAAGCUCACAUAUAAGCUGCCGCCGCCCCCGCAGCAGCAUCAACAACAAUACCAGCAUCAUUCUAGCUCCAGUCCUGUGUCUCACAGCGUUCAACAAGCAGAGCAAAUGCACGACGCAGACAGCGACGCUGGGUCCGCAACCUCCUCUUCCGUCAGCGCCAGCUCCGCCAGCGGGACCGCCUGCUCCUCCGCUGCCGCCGCCGCCGGCUCCGCCAGCGCGCCGCCGCAUGCAACCCACGCCGUGCCUCCCGGCACGCUUACGGUUCAGACCGCCAGUGGCGCCGCCGCCUCGGGGCUCGUCGCCGACGGCCUCCUCAGCCACCUGCAGCGACUACUGGCGCGCGAGCGGCUGCGCGUGGACCCGGACGCCGCCGCCGCGCUGCCCUUCAACUUCUGGGGCGGCCUGGUCGGCUACCUGGGCUAUGAGCUGAAGGCAGAGUGCGGCGCUGCUAACGCGCACGCCGCCUCCACACCUGACGCGGUGCUGUGGCUGGCGGACCGUCUGGUUGCAGUGGACCACCAGUGCGGGGACGUGUACCUCCUGGCAGUGUACGACAGCGGGGAAGCGCCAGGCACCCAGCAAGGUGGCGAGGAGGGGCGCGGCGAGCAGCGCGGGGAAGAGGCCGCGGCGCAUGGGCGUGAGCAGGCAGCAGCGGACGGUGUGGCGGGGCCGGGCGUGGCCACCACGGUUGGCGAAGAGGGUGAGGGCAGGGCGGGCAAGGACGCGGGCGGUCUACAGGCAGCGCUUGCGGGCUGGGCGUUGGCGGUUUCGCCUGCGGAGCAGGAGGCUGCGGCGCGGGCGUGGCUCAUGGACAUGCAGCGGCAGUUGGAGGAGGCAGCAGCGCAGACGGAGGAGCGGCGAGCCGCAGCGGCGUCAGCGUCCACCUCAACGGCUGACGCAGGGCCGGGCUCGGCUGUGCCGUUCAGGUUGGAGCACAGCCGCUCGGCCUACAUCAACAACAUCGCCGCCUGCCAUACUGCGCUUCACGCGGGCGAGAGCUAUGAGCUGUGUCUCACCACGGCGCUGACGAGGGCUGCGGCACCCGACCCCGCGGUGCUCUACUCCACGCUCCGGCGCAUGAACCCCGCGCCCUACGCGGCCUGGCUGCAGUGCGGCGCAGCAGGACCCACCAUCUGCUGCUCUUCGCCGGAGCGCUUUUUGCGCGGCGACCGCGGCGGCCUGCUGGAGGCGCGGCCCAUCAAGGGCACCGCGGCGCGUGUGGCGGCCGACGCCGCCGCGGACGCUGCCGCUGCCGAGGCGCUGGCUCGCAGCGAGAAGGAGCGUGCGGAGAACCUGAUGAUUGUGGACCUACUGCGAAAUGACCUGGGCCGCGUCUGCGAGGUGGGCAGCGUGCAUGUGCCGGGUCUGAUGGACAUCGAGUCGUACGCCACGGUGCACCAGAUGGUGUCCACCGUGCGCGGCGUGCGGCGGGGCGGCGUCAGCGUGGUCGACUGCUUCCGCGCCGCCUUCCCCGGCGGCUCCAUGACCGGUGCGCCCAAGGUGCGCACCAUGCAGAUCAUUGACGGGCUGGAGGCCCGCGCGCGCGGUGUGUACUCAGGCUGCAUCGGUUUCAUCUCGCUCAACGACACCUUCGACCUGAACAUCGUCAUCCGCACAGCCGUCAUUGAGCAGGAGCAGCCGCAGCAGCCGCAGCAGCUGCAGGAGCAGCGGAAAGAGCAGCCACAGGCGUCGGCGGCCACCGCGGCACAUGCAGCCCCCGCGGGAUGUGCUCAGGCGCGGAGGCGGAUGACAAUUGGCGCGGGCGGCGCGAUUGUGGUGCAGUCGGACCCAGUUGCCGAGUAUGAGGAGAUGCGGCUCAAGGCGAGCGCACUGCUGCGGGCGGUGGGGCUGUGUGAGGGCGGCAGCGGGCCCAUUCCAGUGGUGGCGGAGUAAAGUGGACUGUCGGCAUAAGAAUGCUGUGCUAGGAAUAGGUACCGUGCACAGUCGUGGCCGGUGCGAUGGAUGAGCGAUUGAGUGUGCGAGCUGAGGGUGAGCGUGAUGUAUCAGGCCCGGGGACGAGUUACACUGCGAUGGGAGCAGGAUGAGCGGGGCGGAGAGGCCGGCAGGUGACAUUGUCAUUGAGAGCACCCCAUUGUAUUCAUGUGAUUCGUCUUACGGGGGCAAUGAACAGUCUGGCACUGUGUACAGGCGGCGGACCAGGGGUCAUCGACGCGUAGUGGUGUUCGGCAUUACAGUGGCAGAGCAGGACAUGAAUGUUGGAGCCUCACACUAUCUGUAUCAACUGCU